AAAGACAGCCCUGCCCACUGGGAGCCCAGGGGUUUAGAAGCUCUGCCGGGAGCUUGGCCACCAGCAGACAGACUCUGAUUCCAUGCAGCCUGCUUCAGUGCUGUCAGACCUGGGCCCCGCGUGCAGCUGGGACAUGGAGGGAGGUGGAGGCGUGCUGUGGGGUUCCAGGACCCCCCUUUAUUCAGGGCACCAGUGCCGUUCAAAGCCGGGUGGGAGGAUCAGCUCUCCCUGUUUGGUUCUGGACAAGCUGACAAGGAGGGCUGGGCCCUGGGGGCUGGACUGGAGCAGCAGUGAGGACUGCGGUGCCGUGGGAUGAGCGUUGGUUUGCCGGUUUUCAGUGGAAACCAGCUUCUGCCAACUGCCUUUCCCUCUUCUCUGUUUCCGACGCGUCUCCCCCGAAUGUGAGUAGUGCGUCUGCUACUUCCUGGCCUUCCUCUUCAGCUUCGUGGUGGUGGUGCCGCUGUCCGAGAACGGCCACGACUUCCGCGGCCGCUGCCUGCUCUUCGCCGAGGGCAUGUGGCUGAGCGCCAACCUGACGGUGCAGGAGCGCGAGCGCUUCACGGUGCAGGAGUGGGGCCCGCCGGCCGCCUGCCGCUUCAGCCUGCUCGCCGGCCUCCUCUCGCUGCUGCUCGCCGCCGCGCACGCCUGGCGCACGCUCUUCUUCCUCUGCAAGGGACACGAGGGCUCCUUCCUCUACGCCUUCCUGAACCUCAUGGUCAGUGCGUCUGUGGUCUUCCUUGUCUUCAUCGCCAGCACCAUCGUGAGUGUGGGCUUCAGCAUGUGGUGUGACGCCAUCACGGAGAAGGGCACUGUGCCCCACAGCUGUGAGGAGCUCCAGGACAUCAAUCUGGAGCUGAGCGUGGACAACUCUGCCUUCUACGACCAGUUCGCCAUCGCCCAGUUCGGCCUCUGGGCCUCGUGGCUGGCCUGGCUGGCCAUCACCAUCCUGGCGUUCCUGAAAGUCUACCACAACUACCGCCAGGAGGACCUGCUGGACAGCCUGGUGCACGAGAAGGAGCUGCUCCUGGCCAGGCCGACCCCCCGUGCCUCCUUUCAGGAGGAGAAGAGUGCCGUCAUCUAGGGGUGGGCAGGGGAGCCAGCCCCCCGACGCCCCCCACCCCUGCCCGGGGCUCAUGGCCCGACCCAGGGGAGCGGCUGGGGACUCUGCCCAGCCCCACCUACCCCUCGCCUUGCAUGACUCCCCUCGGCACUGUGCAGCAUGAGUGACUGCGCUCGCCCAAGCACCCCAUUCCCAGCGCGAGUGUGCUUGUGUAUGGGGGCGGGCGCCAGCCCUCAGACAGGGACACACAGAGGCCCUGGGGUGUCGUCUGGGCCCCACGCCCUGUCUCGGGGGCACUGGCCUGGCGAGCCUGGGCGGGGCGUGUCCACCCUCUCGGGCGCUUCUGGCCCUCUUGCAGGUCGCGCCUCAGCGGCACGGUGUAUCCACCUCUUGCCCAGGUGUCAUUCUGUGCCAACCCUGUGGCAGCAGCCAGUGUCCCCAGAGUGACCCCAACCCAUGCUGACCACCCAUCACUCUUUCUUGCUCCUGAGCUGUGUGUGGGACCUGGGAGCGGGGGGGCCAACGGCAGGAAGGAGCUCCCCGGCCGUGUGUUCCUGCUUCCAGCCCUGCGCUUUGCCCACCCUGCUGCAGGGCUGAGUUCCCUGUGCUCCUGCUCCGAGGCCCCGGUGGCCAGGCUGGUCUCAGGAACAAAAGCACAGGGGCAGUGGUGUUGCCCGCCAUCCGGUGGUGGCUCUGUGGACGUCCUGGCAAGCAGCCAUGGUGUCAGAGCGGGGAGCCUGCGCCUGGUGCCCCAGGACUGGCUGGGGGAGCCCUGUGUGGCCCUGCCUGGAGAGGCCCUGGACCCCCAUGUUUGUCUCACAGUGUGGGGAGGUGGGGACAUGGGCUGGGGGGCGCCCCACCUCCUGGGGACGGGGGGAUGGAGCAGGUGCCACUGUGGGUGUCUGAAGGUGCAUGUGAGUGCCGGUAUGUUCACAUGCAUGUAAGUCUGUGUGGGGAAGGUGUGUGAGCUGGGGCAUGUGUUGGCCGCACAUGUGAGUGUGUUGUGUGUGAGCACAGAUGCACCAGUCUGUGGGUGUGAGUGUGCAUGGGAAUACGAGUGUGUGUGAGUGUGUGAACGUGAGCGGGAAUGUGUGCCUGCACAAGUGUGAGUAUGAGCGUGUGCAUGUGUGUGUACCAGAAGGCGUGUGCAGAGAUCAGGGCGGGUGAGGACCAGCAGCUCUUCAGUACCUUCCCCCACUGGGACCACCCCCCCCGUGCCCUGGGCGCCCAGUGGAUGGUCUGCCUUCCCAUCCGAUGGCGUCCAAAGCACCGAGACCCCUAGAGGACACGACUCCGUCCACACAGAGGCAGGAAGAGGAGUUGGGGGGACCUGGGACCCCAGAGC